AUGCCUUUGAUCGCCUACCGGAUCCCCAAUUGUUCACAAAGCAGCAAAGUCUUUUCCUACACAGCGGAUAAAGAAAUCCGGACGGAUGACCUCUGUUUGGAUGUCUCCAGGCUCAACGGGCCCGUCAAGAUGCUCAAGUGUCACCACAUGAAGGGCAACCAGAUGUUUGAGUACGACUCCGAGUAUGUUGGCAAGUGGGAGUAUGAUUUUGAGAAACACACCUUCCUCCACAUCAUCACCCAGUCAUGCCUGACCAUCAGCCGUCUGGAGGACGGCACCUACGGCCCCACUGUGGAGUACUGUAACAACAGCCCUUUGCAGGCGUGGAUCCUCCACAACUACACCCGCCUGGAGGUCGCUAGGCACCUUUACUUCAGUCCCACCGAUUAUAUUCUCUAAACUAACAUCUGCUCUUUGGGGCAGCGUUUUGGGGGGCAUGAGCAACUGACGCUGCUCCACGUGAAUAGCAACCAGUGCUUGGACAUGCCGUCCGAGGAGGACAAGAUGGUCCCCACCCUGAGAGACUGCAGCGGCAGCCGCUCCCAGCAGUGGCUGCUCCGUAACAUGACCCUGAGCAUCUGAUCCUUCACCUCGGCAUUCCCUCCUCCUCCUCCUCCUUUUCCUWACCCGACUGGUGAGGGUGCCAUUCACACCCUCACCAGGUGGCUGUUAACACACAACAUAUGCUUCCUCCUGUAGCUGCCUGGCCACCAGUCGCAGAGACGCAGCAGAGGAUUAGCUUCCUCUAUGGAUUCGUAUCCUGUUGAGGCGGGGCCUCAGGUUUAUGCACGGCAGCACCUGCCUUUCCGACCACACAAUGAGGCGUAGCUCUAGGCUGCGUCCAGGCUGGGAGGACCAUGCAUGGGGUCUGAGCAUGAAGAACACGCAUUUGCUUGUAAAAAAAAAAAAAACUUCUCUGCUGGAGGUCAAACGCGUAAACAGAAGAGUUGGUAAAAUAUUGAAAUCUCCAAACAUGCUCGGCAAUGUUAGCGAGUUCAUCAGAUUUAUCAGCACAGCUGGUUCGCUGCUCAUCUAUAUUUAUCAUCGCUAUCUGCUUUGCUCAGAUAAAAAAAUAAAUAGGUUUACCCUAGGAUUUCUAAGAUGAAUUCAGUUAGAAAGUGUGGUCACAAAGCAUGAGGUAACAUUUUAUUUCUGCUCACCUUGGCUUUAUAAUAAAACAGGAGCUAGUGGUUGCAUUUAUCACUUUUCUCAAAAACAAAGAGGCAUAUAUUUUGGGAGCUGUGGGUGUUUCCCAUCACAGCAGCUGCUGCCAUCAGAGGGUCAGCAUCAACUCUGUGGGAGGCAUGCUGUCAAACUGCUGUACAACAUACCCUCUCUGACACUGAUGCAAUUUAUUUUUUCAUUUUUUUUGCUCCCCUCUUGUUUGACAGGACACUGCUGUAAACUUUGUGCUCAUUUCAGAAGGGGCAUCAUGCAGAGCUAACAAGCUUCGUGUCAGAAACUGGAGACCCAUGAUCACAUGUUGACACCUGAAUUUGUAGCCAUGAAAUACAUUAUGCAUCAUAAAAAACAGCGAGUGAAGGCACAAUUGUGCCCCUUGUUAAAUCAUUAAAUAAAUGUGAAUGACCA